ACUUUUGAGACGCUUGUGACCGUCCGUCACGUCUAUUCGGUGUCGUUAGGGCCACGGCGGAUUUCGUUCUCAGAUAUUGUGCAGGUGAAACGUUUUCGCUCGCUAUGCCAUGGUUAAAUAGGCACCGCAGGAGCGGCCCGUUGGCCGGACUGUUCUUCAGAUGUUUCCACGCUCGCUGCAUGGACCUCUUCGGCUUCUUGGGCUGAUAACCGACGAUCAUCUGCUGCCGAGUUUCCACCACAUCUUCCUCUGCUGUGAAGGAGAGACAGAGGGAAGAGGAUCCUGCUGCAGAUGGAGACCCGCAGAGCAGGUGUCCAGCAGCGGCUGCUGCUGACGAAGGAUGAAGAUGCGACUGAGCAGUCGGAGUGUAGCUCCAGUCUUCAUCAGGAGAAACAAGAACCUCAAGCAGAAAUAGUAGAAGGAGAUAUGCUCCAGUUCUCCCUCACUCCUGUCAAUGUGAAGAGUGAAGAUGCUGAGGAAACCAGCAGCUGGACUCAACAGAUAAAAACAGAAGCUGAUGGAGACACCUCACCUCCACGACAAUCAGAGGUCACCGUGUUCCGAAUAUGACAGUGAGGACUGGAGUGAAACCAGCAACUAUCAGUCCUAUUCCAACUCCAUGGAAACGCACAUAGUUCAUGUCAUUGAGAAGAAAACUGAUGCUAACCGCGAAUCACUGACCUGCUCUGGAUGUGGGAGGAAAUAUUCUUCAGUCGCGAGACUGAUUAAACACGAAAAAUCCUGAUUUGGACCUUUGACUUGUUCAGUUUAUGGAAAAUGUUUCGAAAAGAACGAGAACCUGAUAGAUCACAUGAGAGUUCACGCUGGAGAAAAACCUUACAUCUGCUCUCAGUGUGCCAAAUGGUUUACUUCAAAAGGGAACCCGAGGAAACACAUGAGAAUUCACACUGGUGAAAAACCUUACAUCUGCUCUCAGUGUGGUAAUCAUUUCACCUGAAGGAGCACAUGAAAGUUCACACUGGAGAAAGACCUUUCGACUGUUCCGAAUGUGAUAAAUCUUUUACGGGGAGAGACAGACUGGAGAGACACCAAAGAGUUCACACUGGACAGAAGGCUUUCGUCUGCUCUCAGUGUGGUAGCUGUUUCAAGUGGACUUAUCAACUGAAGACGCACAUGGAGAUUCACACAGGGGAGAAAUCUGACUCUGGAGUUAGCUGAUAUGAAAGUUUGCAAGAUGACACUGACCUGGCACCUUUUUAAUUCUGUGGGGGAAAUGAUUUUCUUCACCAAGUUCUGCCGAGUGACUCAUGAGAAUCUCCUCUGCCUAUUCAACCUUCUCCAGCUCAUGUGGAAGAUGAUCCAGUCACUCGGAACAGCUUUGUGUUUGGACACUCUUCUACUCCUUCUGCCCCUGCCUCGCUAUCUGAUCUCAUCUUCAGACGCAGGAGUCCGGUAGAGCCACAAAAAACUAUCUCUUCUCCACGUGGUCUCUGUCCUCGUCUGAUUGGUCCUCAGCCAUUGACACCAGUCCCGGUCGCUGACUCCCUCCUAACUAUGGCAACGAUCGCAAGGUGUGGCCCCCUCCUCUGGACCCAGGUGGCUCUUAUCAGGACCAGCUCCUUCCAGCUCUGGAGAAGAUGGUGUCCAGCAGCUGCUGGUGAUGAAAGAAGAAGAAGAUGCUACUGAGCAGCAGGAGUGCAGCUCCAGUCUGGAUCAGGAGGGACAAGAACCUCCUCUCAUUAAAGAAGAACCAGAAGAAGAAGAUCUAGACCAAAUCAAAGAAGAGGCCACCCAGUUCUCCCUCACUCCUGUCCAGGUGAAGAGUGAAGAUGAUGGAGCAACCAGCAGCUGGACACGGCACAUGAAAAUGGAUAUAAACUAUGCAAAAGAAGAAGACGUCAACCAGUCCUCUGUCACUCCUGUCGAGGUGAAGACUGAGUCUGAUGAAGUAGCGAGCAACUGGACUCAAGAGAUAAAAACUGAAGCAGAUGGAGACACUUAUGGAGGAGCAGAACCAGCCAGCAGCUUGGAUACACAACUCCGCGGCGACCACGAGAAGUCACUCUCAUCUGAAUAUGACACAGACGAUAGUGAGGACUUGAGUGACUCCAGCAGCACUCAAUCGGGUUUAAACUCUUUGGAGAAUCAGAAAGCCCAUGCCAGCGAGAGGAAGCUUGAUGACAAGUCCCGGACCUGCCUUGGGUGUGGGAAGAAGUGUUCCACAAUCUCUGGGGUGAUGCAACACGUAAGAGUCUGCAGUGGCGAGUCUUUGACUUGUUCCGUUUGUGGAAAAUAUUUUCCUAGAAAGCAGAAUCUGAAGAUUCACAUGAGAGUGCACACGAGGGAAAAGCCUUUCAGCUGCUCUCUGUGUGGCAAGUGCUUCACGCAGAGUGGACCACUGAAGCUACACAUGAGCGUUCACACUGGUGUAAAACCUUUCGGCUGCACUUUGUGUGGCAAGUCUUUUACCCGGAGUAUCCGCCUCAAGGUACACAUGAGAGUUCACACUGGAGAAAAACCUUAUAUCUGCUCUCUGUGUGGUAAGCGUUUCACCCGGAAUGAGCGCCUGAAGGCACACAUGCGCGUACAUACUGAAGAAAAGUCUUUCAGCUGCUCCCAGUGUGACAAGCGUUAUAAGUGGCCUACCCAACUGAAGAGUCACAUGAAAAGUCACACUGGAGAAAAACCCUAUCGCUGCUCUCAGUGCGAUAAAUGUUACACACGGAAAGAUCUGUUGACAGUUCACAUGAGAGUUCACACCGGAGAGAAACCUUUCGUGUGCUCUCUUUGUGGCAAAAGCUUUGCACGGAGCAUGAAUUUGGCCAACCACCAGAGAUUUCACACCAGAGUAACGCCUUUUGUCUGUUCUCACUGCGGUCAGGGUUUUAUAUGGAGAGGCCAACUGAAGAUUCACAUGAAAAUUCACAGUGGAGAAAAGCCAGAGUGAAUUUGUGUUUGGAUUUGUUUUAAUCCACCCUGAAGUUGGGAACUGAGCCAGAUAAAAAGUACAUAUUUACAUACCCUGGAUCAUGAUGGUUUUCCAUGUUUUAAGACUUGAGAAUGAACGAUACGUCACCAUAACAGACACUGAAGUAUGAAGAGCUUUGUUCACACAUAUAAGGGUGAUUUUGAGUUUGACUUCCUGAUGUCAGGAAAGAAACCUGGGUCAUAUAACCCACUCCAAGGAUCAUGGAACUGAUGAUGUGCUGCACUACCUGGAUCUGAACUUGUGCGGAACUGCUGUUAUGAAAUGAAAGACAAGGGGUCACAUGGUUUCCGGUCCAGGCGUUUAAAUAUUGAAACAAACAUACUGAGAUGACACAUGAGUAUGUUUUGUUUUCACGUGCAAGGUACGUUUAUGCUGCUAUAAACGCUUCUCAGAUUUGUGUUUUGGACUGAAACCUAAUGUCACGACAUGUCUGCCAUUUUUCAUCACCACUUUUUACUUCCUAAUAAAGUGUUUUCACCAAGGUAGGAGUUUUUUAACGUUAACUAAAUAUAACACAACUCAUUUUUUUUAUUUUGCUGUGAAGCUGCUAAGUGUGAGACUCAAUUACUGGGUAGUUUAAAGUUGAAUUCCAGGCCUGUUACAUCAGAAAAAUGUGUAAUAGAUGACUGAAAAAUGGAUCCAAAUAAUGGAUAUUAGUUAUUACGUUUCUGAAAUGAUGAAGAUCAAGGUGAUGAAUGAGAUUGCGAUGGAAAAUUUGAGUUAAAAAAUUUAGAAAAAUGUCUUUUAAACAGAUCCCUAUCCUGAUAUGAACAGAUUCUACUUCGCUCUGAACGUGGCUGUUUUCAGAACAGGUUUGCGUGCCAGGAAGGAGAGUCAAAUUUAGUUUGAUAUCAUCCAUUGACCUUGCGUUUUCCACUGUGGUUCUCAUUCGCUACAUGUCACCUUGGUGGAAUGGCAAAGAAGAAGAACACUGGAGAUGGUUUUUAUCUUUAGUUGAGUUCCCAUGUACCAAACACCGUCUAGUCCACUUUAUCAUGGGUCUAUACCCACUCAAUUGGACCAUGCCACACAUUUAUUUAGCGGUGUAACACUGACACAUAAAUAUAACUCCAAGGAAACAUACACUGUUCUCAACAAAAGCUAUUUUAAUUAAAGUUGCUUCACAACAGGUUCUUUAGAGAAGGGGUUCUUAACCUUUUUGCUCUCAGGGCCCACCUUCCCUGAAGUAGCAUUCUGAUUCAUGACUCUUGAUUUCAUUUGUGAUCAAUAACCAUGUUUAAUAUACUUACACAACAAACCAAAACCUUGUAAAAUGACUUGAAACCAUGUGAUCAUUGCAAAUAUAUUUAUUUGUCAUCAAAAUGUCCAACCAGCAGCAGAAGCAGGUGCAAGUCAUGUUCAUCAAAUUUACAAAAGAAAAAAAAAAGCAAACUCAAAAUUGGAAAAACGGAAUAAAAUUCUGAAUAAAAUGUAAUAUAACCUUGUCUAAAUAUUAUAAAAUGAAAAUAAUGUAUUUUACUUAAACUCCAAAGACUAAGUGAAGUGUAAAUGAAUUAAUUUUCAGUACUGCGUGGACGAGUGCUUUCAUGAACAGUUUUUACUGUUGGGAGGGUGCCAUCAGUUUCCUCAUCGUUUUUUCUUUUCAAUAACUUCCACUACUAACUAUCACAGAUUUGCAGCUGUCAAGUCAGUUCAGUGACACACUACUGCCACCAUACGUGGAUCAUGUGUAUAACAAAAAAUAAAACUGAGCGUCUUGCGGCCUUCACCGCCCAAAGGUGUAAAACAAAAAAAGAAAACUUCUAGCAGCCCUCUAGGG